GGUUGCGUGUUUUGAAGAGAGGAAACCUAACAAUUAAAAAGAAGCCAGCUCAGUAGAAUUUCGUAUGCGGCAAUGGCAUCUGCUGUAAUCAGUUCAGUUCCUACCACUGCAUCUCGUUUUGCUUUACUACAAGUUGAAAGCGAUACUGAUUCGGAGCCUGGAAAAGGAAGACGUGGCCAAGGUGCCAGUAAAUCUCAGGCUUCAGGGGGAAGAUCAUCUACAAAUGAGAAAAAAAGAAAGAAAAGGAGAAAAAAGAAAGAACAGCAGCAGAGUGAGGCCAAUGAGCUCAGAAACCUUGCUUUUAAAAAGAUUCCUCAGAAAUCCUCACAUGGAGGCUGUCUAUCUCAGCAUGAACAAAAACUGCACACUGCAAUGCAGAAGGACUCUCAGGAAGAAGACUGGCAGGAGUGGAGACAAAGAGAUGAGCAGCUGACAUCUGAAAUGUUUGAAGCUGAUCUUGAAAAAGCAUUGCUGCUAAGCAAACUGGAAUACGAAGAGCACAAAAAGGAAUAUGAAAACGUUGAAAAUACUUCACCUCAGUCAAAGUCUGUGAAUAAGAAAGAGAAAAAGAACCAGCAAGGAAAAGACAAACCUCUCACUGUGUCUCUGAAAGACUUUCAGUCAGACAGUAAUAUAGAUAACCUUGCUAAAAAACAUGAGGGACUGGACUCUUCCCAGUCUUCGUUGCAUGAUGGAGGGUUUUUCAACAGGCUGGAAGAUGAUGUUCAUAGAAUAAUUGAAAGAGAGAAAAGGAGAGUCCAGCUCACUGAUUACAGUGGAACAGAUAACUGCACAUCUCAUGAACACAACCAGGAGACUGUUUUGAAAGAUGGAAAAACAGAACGACUAAAGCUCGAGCUUGAAAAGAAAGAUGCAGAAAUUGAGCAACUGAAAAAUAUAAUAACUCAGUGGGAGGCAAAGUAUAAAGAAGUAAAAGCAAGAAAUGCACAGCUUCUGAAGAUGAUGCAAGAAGGUGAAAUGAAAGACAAAGCAGAAAUACUCCUACAGGUUGAUGAAUCUCAAAUUAUCAAAAAUGAAUUGACCGUACAGGUAACUAUACUUCAUGCUGCAUUAGAGCAAGAAAGAUCCAAAGUGAAACUACUGCAGGCAGAAUUAACAAAGUACCAGAGUGGGAAAAAAGGGAAAAGGCACUCAGAAUCUGACCAGUGCAGAUGAUCUCCUCUGCCACCAGAGUCAAAGCAAAAAAACAUCAAAUCUUUCUUCAGGGUUUUGCAGAAAUUUAUAUAUUUGUUGUACAACUGCUCAACUAUGCAGUUUUUGAAGAGAAAUUAACAAUUACUAGUUUGUUAAAGUCUGAUUAAUUGAUUUGUUGCACUUUCUGCUACAGAAAAAUUAGAAAAAUAGUAUUCCAGCAGAGCUGAAACUAACUGUAAUGCCAUUAGUUUUUCAUCAUUCAAUAAAAUUUACUCUUCCA